AACUGAAACAAAUGCAGUUUCUCUCUUAGGAGACCCUUCAUUCACAUGUUCGAGGCAAAGCGCUCUCUCACUCCAAAAAAACUCUCUAAAUUACAAAAUCUCUACAAAUCCUCUCAACCGAAACCCUAAUUCUAAAGUCCUAGAUUUUACUUUUUUCCCCCUCAAUCGAAUCGAUUUUCCCCUUCCGAAAACCCUAAUUCGUUCCUCGCUCUGGAAGAUGGACAUCGAGCAGAAGCAAUCGGAGCUCAUCGACCACUUCGUCAAGCGAGCCUCCGCGGCCUCCGACGCCGCCGCACUCGCGUCCGUCCUCGUCGAAGCCACUUCUCACCCUUCUCUCUUCGCUUUCUCCGAGAUUCUCGCUCUCCCCAAUCUUCUGCAGCUUGAAGCUACUGAGAAUUCUGCUUAUCUUGAUAUGCUUCGGUUGUUUGCACAUGGAACAUGGAGUGAUUACAAGAGUAAUGCUGACCGUCUUCCACAAUUGAUAUCUGAUCAGAUCCUCAAGCUUAAGCAACUUACAGUUCUUACACUGGCUGAGACAUACAAGGUACUACCCUAUGACCAACUGAUGCAGGAGUUAGAUGUGACAAAUGUUCGUGAGCUUGAAGAUUUUCUAAUUAAUGAAUGCAUGUAUGCGGGAAUAGUUCGAGGAAAGUUGGAUCAGUUGCGGCGAUGCUUUGAGGUUCAAUUUGCAGCUGGUAGGGACUUGAGGCCUGAUCAACUGGGGAAUAUGAUACAGACUCUCUCUAGCUGGUUGACUACAUCAGAAAAUCUGCUUGUUUCAAUUCAAGAGAAGAUAAAGUGGGCUGAUGCUAUGAGUGAAAUUGACAAGAAGCACAGGAAGGAAGUGGAAGAGAAGGUAGAAGAAGUAAAGAAGUCCAUUUUCAAGAAGUUACACACUGUAAGCAGGCCGACAUCGACUUCAGAGGCCAUGAGGAGAUCUGCUCUGAAUCUGGUGGAGUGAUGGAUUAUGAAGAAGAUCGAAGCCGUCCAAAGAGGAGGCGGCAUCCAAUUUCUUGAAGAUUGUAGUAGAUAAAGGAGCUCAUUGGAGAUGGGUUCUUUAGUUGCUUGCCUGACUUUUAUUCAUGGCAUCAGCUUUGGCAGACAAGUAUAUCUCAUCGAUAUUACCCUUGUCUGUCACACCACAAAGCGACAUAGGAACAGGGGAAAAAGAGAGGGGGGGGGGCUGUUAAUUUAGGAAUUUGAUAGUGUUUCUUGAACCAUUAUUAAUCGUCUACUGAGUUGGCAAGAACAAGCUGAGAUGGUGGUGCGGCUAUUUAUUUUGGGUUGCUGAAUAUACUGUUUUGUUUUGUAUUAUGCUAUAUAUGUGCUGCCUCAAUUUCAUUGCUAUACUUUGUAUUCCAAAAAUUAUGUUAGAUAUGUAUUUCAAGGAAAAAUAUUGUGACCGCAGUUCCCGACAUGAAAAAUUCAAAUUUAAUUUUUGAAUGUGAAACAAUUGUGACAAAUUA